ACUCUGUUUCAGAUGAGAUGGGCCACGCCUCCGUGGCCAUAGCUCGUCCAUUUUAGAAUCACCCAGAUUUCCACCACCCCUAUCACACUCUCUUCCUCACCAGAACCCGAAAAUAUCUAACUCCAUUCUCUCUCUCUCCCACCUCUCCAAAACCCAUAAUCCCGAUCGUCACUGAAUUCCAUGGCCACUGCUUCUUUACUUGAAGCGCCCCCAUUGAAAUGGAAGCAAAAUUUCCCAAUUCGUCUCUCCCCUCCUCGUCUAGUCCUCGCCAACCAUAACUCCUUCACCAGACGGAUUAAAUCUAGCAGCGGAAUCCUGAAUGUAAAGUUUCAAGGCCCCGCUAAAUUCGGCGUUAAAUGCUUCUUCCACGCGAAGAAGAAGCAUUUAGCAGACCCGGGAUUUGAUCAGUAUGGGUCGAUUAAUGAUGAAAACUGCAUGAACCCCUUUGAGAUUGUUUCCAAUACUGUAUAUAACGCCAUAAAGGCAUUGAGAAAACCGGCGAUUGCCGCUGUGUUGUUGGGGUUGUUGUUGAUGUAUGACCCCAAUUCGGCUUUGGCCGCCUCGGGAGGCAGAAUGGGUGGGAGGUCGUUUUCCUCGCAGUCCUCAUCGUCUUCUUCGUCGAGGAGUUACUCAGUGCCGAGGACGUCGAGCCCGGGGUUUUCUUAUUCGGUGCCAUAUUACGCGCCUUCACCAUUCGGGUUUAGCGGUGGCGGGUUUUACGUGGGGCCAGCUGUUGGAUUUGGACUCGGAGCCGGGUCGAGUUUCUUUUUUAUUUUGAUGGGUUUUGCGGCGUUUGUUUUGGUUUCGGGGUUUCUUUCGGAUCGGUCGGAGGGUGGUGUUCUUACUGCUACCGAGAAAACGAGCGUGCUCAAGCUUCAGGUCGGAUUAUUGGGCAUGGGGCGGUCCCUUCAAAGAGAUCUUAAUCGGAUUGCUGAAACUGCAGAUACAUCUAGCUUUGAGGGUUUGAGCUAUGUAUUGACAGAGACGACGCUAGCUUUGCUUCGGCAUCCUGAUUAUUGUAUCUCAGGUUAUUCAUUUGUGGAUUUAAAGAAGAGCAUGGAGGAUGGUGAGAAACGGUUCAAUCAGCUUUCUAUUGAAGAACGGGGGAAGUUUGAUGAAGAAACACUCAUCAAUGUGAACAACAUUAAAAAGCAAAGCACAGGCAAUCAGAGAUAUAAUGGAUUCAGCAACGAGUACAUUGUGAUAACAAUAUUGGUGGCUGCUGAAGGAGUCCAUAAGCUGCCCACCAUCAAUGGCAGUGGGGACUUGAAAGAAGCCUUGCAAAAGCUUGGAUCCAUUCCCUCAAGCAAAAUAUUAGCAGUUGAGGUACUGUGGACCCCUCAGAAUGAAAAUGACACUCUUUCAGAGCGGGAACUCCUUGAAGAUUAUCCUCUUUUGAGGCCUUUGUAAGAGUAUUGCAACCGGCUACCUUUUGCCAUGUGGUAAGAGAUGGAGAUUGUGCAUCAUUUAAUUUGUUGUUUUCCUUUCCAAUGCCCGGAGCUGGUAAAGAAACUAACUUAGUGCAGUUUCAUGAUGGAUUUGAGUUUCUCUCCUUUGCGGGGCAAGCUUCUCAGCUUUUUCUAGCUGUUGUUAAGGUGCCUAGAGCUCAUUUGCAUAUGGGGUCCUCAAUUUAUAUCCUGUGCUAUAGUCUACAUGUGAAAUUAGUUCUUUUCCUGAAGCCCAUAGCACAAAACGGAGUUUUCAUAUGUUUUAAUUUUAUUUUCCUGAGGCAAACACAAAGUUGGGAUUGAAAAGUAGUUCUAUUCCCACGUAUUAGGGUCAUUUACACGUCAGUGACAUCAGAAGUAUACUGGUUAUUGGUGGAAGAUACCUUUAAAACCAGUUUGUAGAAGGUGAGAUGUGCAAUUCCAGUGGAAGAACUGUUGCUGUUUUUUUUCCUAGAGAUGUGGUAAACAAUUCUUCUUGCGAUUA